UGCUUCAUCUUUCAAAUGGGCCUGCAGAAACUGGCUCAGUGGCUUCCUGAAAAGAUACAGGGCCUGCUUUGUACACUUAUCUUCGCCGACCAAGCAUCAUUUCAUAUGCAUUUUUCCCUCUCCAACUCCCAGGCAUGAAGGGAGGCAUCGCCAGAAGAGUUAUAGCUUUAUCAUCUGAGCAACAUCCCCAUCAAUUCAGUUCAUGUUCUUCCCUACCAUUCCUCUCCAUCCUGGAGAAAUGUUCAUGCUUGAAAGAACUGAAGAAGAUCCACGCCCAAGCCAUCAUCUCCGGCCUCUCCCAGUUCGCUUACAUCACAAGCCGGAUCCUCGCUCGUUACACCGAGACUGGUGACAUGGACGAUGCCUACCAACUCUUUGAUAGCAUUAAUUCUCCUACUAUCUUCAACUGGAACACCAUUAUCAGAGGCUUUUCGAGGAGCUUUGAACCUGAAAGGGGCCUAUUUGUUUUCAUCAAAAUGAGGCGCACCGCAGUCCGGCCCAACAUGCACGCCUUCCCCUUCGCAGUCAAGGCUUGUGGUGCUAUCCUUUCUUUGUCUCAGAUUCACGCUCUGGUUUUUGUAUUCGGUUUCAAUCUGGAUGUCUAUGUCACCAGCUCUUUGAUUAGAAACUACUCCAAUUUUGGUGAGAUAGAGCUUGCUUGCAGGGUGUUCAAUGAAUGCUCUCUGAAAAAUGUUGUGUGCUGGACAAGCCUGAUUAGUGGGUAUUGCAGCCAUGACCUUCUUGACAGAGCAAGACAACUGUUUGAUGAAAUGCCUGAGAAGAGCGACGCCUCUUGGAGUGCUAUGGUUUCUGGUUAUGUGCAAAACAAACGUUAUGAGGAGGCCAUGGAAUUAUUUCUUGAGAUGAAGGGUUCUGUAUCCGCAAAUCUUAACAUAUCACUUCUUGUGAGUGCUUUAAAUGCUUGCUCUGCUGUGGGGGUUUUUGAUGAGGGGAGAUGGAUCCACUCGUAUAUUGAUUUCAAAGGAUUGGAGUAUGGCCUUGAACUGGGUACAGCUCUAUUGGAUUUCUAUGCGAAAUGCGGAUUCAUUGAGAAAGCAAGGGAAGUGUUUGAUAAAAUGCAUGGCAAGGAUGUGACUACUUGGAGUGCCAUGAUUGCUGGUCUUGCUAUGAAUGGUAAUAGCCAUUUUGCAGUUCAGUUUUUCUCAGAAAUGUUAAAAAGCAAAGUUCAACCAAAUGCUGUUACUUUCAUUGGACUACUCACAGCUUGUAAUCAUGGAGGUCUGGUUGAUGAAGGGAUUACCUAUUUCAAAGAUAUGGUUGCAAUUCAUGGGAUUUCUCCUUCAAUAGAGCACUAUGGCUGCAUGGUUGAUCUUUUAAGUCGAGCUGGGAAGACCAAGGAAGCUGAACGAAUGAUCUUAUCAAUGCCAAUUGAGCCUGAUGGGGCAAUAUGGGGCUCACUGCUUCAUGGCUGCUUUGUCCAUGGAGACAAUGAGUGGGGGGAAAGAGGGGGAAGCCAUAUUAUCAAGGUUGAGCCAGAGCAUCACGGGAGAUAUGUUGGAUUGGCUAACGCUUAUGCUUCCAUGGGGAGGUGGGAGGGUGUGGCAAUGGUUAGAAGAGCUAUGAAGGAGAGGAGAAUCAUGGCCACAGCUGGCUGGAGUCUGGUUGAGGUUAGUGGGUCUGCCCAUCGAUUUUUGGCGAAUGAUAACACACAUCCUAUGGUUCAUGAAAUCUAUCAGAUUCUAAGUGACCUGACUAUGGACAUGGUGUUAAAUUUGAGUAAUAGUUGUGAAGGAGGUUUUGAGAUGGUCUCAUGAACAGUUUGAUUUAGCUCACUCCUGGUGGGGAUGUGCCAAUGCUGCAGCUGGAUGUUUGACAUGAUUGUUUAAGCUUCCAAGAUAGCAAGGAGAGAUGUCAACUGGCUUCAUGUCUGCAAUUCCAACGGCCAGAACUGGCUAUGCUGGAUUGAAGACAAACUCUUCCAGGUUCCAGCCGGAAGGUAAAGUCUUGUGGCAAUCACAAUCAGUUUCACAUGGGAAUAAAGUUUACUGCAUGAAGACAUGGGAUAUAUCAACAAAGGGUUUCAUGAAGCUAUGAUACAUGCCUCCCACACAUCCAUGAAGAAUCAUUUGCAAAGGAGGUGGAGUACAUGGUAUCUUAAGAAUGGAUUCCUUGCUUAAAUGAGGUAAUUGUAUGCUUCUAGUGAAUCUUUUUUAAUCAAGUCAUUUUUCUUUUGAUGAUUUAGGCAUAUUAGGAUAUUAUCAAAGCAUAAAAUGUAGCUAGCAGUUGGUAUUGGUUAAAACUAAAGUGGAGUGAUGGAAGUUGACUAGUGAUUUGUGAUCAACUAAUGGCAGUUCAUG